AUGGAGCUUCCCCUGCUGUGCACCCUGCUGGUGUUUGCUGGUGUGAUUCCAACCCAGGGCGGGAUCUUGAACCUGAACAAGAUGAUCAAACAAGUGACCGGGAAGGCACCCAUCAUCUCCUAUUGGCCCUACGGCUGUCACUGUGGACCUGGGGGCAAAGGCCAACCCAAAGAUGCCACAGACUGGUGCUGUCAGAACCAUGACUGCUGCUAUACUCAUCUGAGAAAGCACCGAUGCCGUGUCCACACAGACCAUUAUGACUACACCUUUUCCCAUGGGGACAUCCAGUGCUCCAACAAGGGGAACUGGUGUGAGCAGGAGCUGUGCGCCUGUGACAAGAAGGUGGCCUUCUGCCUGAAGCAGAACCUGGACACCUACCAGAAGCACCUGCGUUACUAUUGGAGGCCCCGCUGCAAAGGCCAGACCCCUAUGUGCUAG